CCAACUCCGAAAGUCGAUUGAUAGAAUCAAGAAUCCCCAGUCCACAGACAAUGACGCUGAUCCGAAAUUUAUUGCCUGCUAGAACUUACCACAUCCAGGUUCUGGCAGAAAACGAAGUGGGAGUUGGAAAGCCGUCUUCUGUAAUAACGGUGGUCACACAACAUGAAGCUCCAACCGGAAGGCCGAAAGAUCUGGUUGUUUACGAGAAAGGAGCAACAUAUAUAAAACUGGAAUGGACGUUUGACCCAGGAGCAGAUGCUUAUGUAGACAUCACAGCUUUCUAUGUUGGUUACCGUCCUACUGGAUCAAGGCAUCCUUAUGUCUAUCGUCAAGCCACCGCUGCGAAACGAAAGAUCACUGGAAUAUUGAGUGAUCUGCAGAGGUCAACCAGCUACAGUGUAGUGGUUCGAGCUUUCAACAGUGCAGGGUUGGGAGUCCUGUCAGAUCAACUUGUGGUACACACAGCUCGAGGAGAACUCCCUGCCAAGCCCUCUGUACAUCUACUUUCAACACAGGCCUCUUUUUUAAGACUGAAGAUUUGGAUCAUGGGAAAGGAAGAAGGAGACGUGACAGCCUACAUCAUGCACUUGCGACGAGCUGGAGGCGAAUGGUUGGAAUUUCCUUUAACGGUUUCCUCUUCCAACGUUUAUACAGUAGGGGGUCUGACAUCAAGCGUUCAAUAUCAACUUUACAUAACUGCCCAGAAUAAGUGGGGGGAAAGUGGACCAAGUGAUGUCAUAACCUGUAAAACACAAUCAGAGAGUUCAACGUAUUUCCUAACCCUGGACUCUAACGGAGUGAAACUUUUCACCAAGCUCUCGGUAAUUAUUCCAGUGUCAGUAUCAGUCGUGCUGGUGAUUGUGGUGCCCAUCACGGCCUGCUGUUUAAUCCAGAAAAUUAACAGUCGACCUUUUCCACGAAGAGAAGGAAUUGAGACGCGAGACUUCAUCUACACCCCAGGCCCGUCCAAUCGACCUGACAUAGUAGCGUCGUCGCUGACCAGGAGGUCCCCUCCCCGACCUUGUCAGUCCCCCUACUCCAGACUCACCAUGUAUGGAAGUGAAUUCAGUGAUGAUCUUCGAUAUGAUAUAGUACUGGAGGAGAUGAGGACAUUUGUGGAAAAUAACAGAAGGACAACGUGAGGUUCACAUUUGGAAAAAAAAAAGUGAUUAUUUUAGCUGGUUUGGAACAGUUGUUUUCGGCAGAUUGUACAGAAUUACUGUUUCUUAGUGUGGGAAUUAUAAUACGUUUGUUAUCGUUCCUUUGUUUUUAAUAAAUAUUUACAUAAGAG